AUGUUGCGAAUUGUUCUGAGGUGGCUGCUCGUGGGUGAGCACCCUGCUCUUUCCUGGCAUCCCUCCUAUUCAUCAUUGGCAGCCUCUCCUCUUCAGGGACUCACCUCAUCUCCCAAUAACAAGCUCUUCGUUGGAGGUCACUCUUCUUUCUCUCUGUCAUCCUCUCCUGCUGUUCUUCGCUGAGUUGCUGAUGUUAGAGGAUGUGUUACAGGUCUAUCCUGGUCAGUGGAUGAGAAAUCUCUAAAAGAUGCUUUCUCUUCUUUUGGUGAGGUCACUGAAGGUAGUUCACUUGCUUAGUUUUUUUUAUAAACAUGUGUUGCCUGCUCAAAGAACUGAUCAUCAUCAACUGGAUAUUACCAUAAUUUUUUUUUCUUUGACUUACAUUUCAUAGGUUAGUCUGCAGUCGCUUUUUCUUUUUCUUUUAGACAUUGAGAGAAAUUGUGUGGAUCAGUUUGGAUAGUAGCUGGUCAAUGGCAUAUAUACAUUAUUUUGGACGUUUAUUGUUGAUGGAAUGCAGAUAGUUUGAAUGGGGUUGGGGUUGUCAGUAUUGGCAUAAUGGUCUGUGGUCCAAUCCUUGUGUCUGUUGUCCGAUUUUGGAAUCCAACUUCAUACUUUCCCUGUUAUCAUUACUAUCUUCAAUGGGUAAAUGAAAGGAUUUUCAGUAUAUGAUUUGCGAUUCUCUCAUCAACACUGAUGUAAUGAAAGUGAAGGGCCCACUAUAAUGACAGAACAUCCCAAAUAAUCGACCUCUUUAGUUUGACUUCAGAGUCUCCUCACACCGGUGCUGAAGGUUCAACUAUGCAAUGGAACUACCCUUGCUUGUGGUAAAAAAACCCUUGUGAGUGUGGCUUUCGCAAAUUUUCAGUAGUUUUUCUGCUUCCAGGGUACAUUCCCUUGCGCCAUAGCCCUAAAUACAUGUUUUUGCCACUUGGUUGCCUGCCCUCUAUUAAGCCAUCCACUUCAAAACUAAAUUUGCAUCCCGUAGGUGACACUGUGGAAUUUUGAAGAAUUGAUAACUUGAUCACGUUUCAGCUUUGGCUGUGUAUUCUAAAAGCAAAAUCACGACCUUGAAUCUAAAAGGAACGCCUCUUUGUUGAAAAACUCCUUGCCCUGAAUCUAUAGAACGAAGAGAUUUUGUUCCUUGAGUCCACAAGGGGUUGAUCCUUAGUCCACAAGAUCGAAAAUGACUCCCUGAGUCCACAAGGAUACUAGAAUCCACCAGUAGAAGGGGAUAACUUCCAAAAAGGAAGGGAACUCGAAAUUGAUUGAUAAAAACGUGCCUUCUUGGGGCUACAAAGGGAGACCUAUUUAUAGGUCGAAAAUUAGUUAUAACUAACCUAUAAAGGGGCAAAUAUGUUAUGAUCCUAGAAAAUAGGGGGAAGAGAACAAACGAAACCUUCCUAUGAAAAAGGAGGAUUGUUUUAGAAGGCUCCUAAGAAAUAAAAACGCCCUAAAUAGAAUAGGGGGACUAUUUUAUAUGAAUAAAAUGUGCGAAUUGUAAAAUUUAGGCUCACUAAACAUGUGACCAAAUAUCUUAGUAGGCCAUUUGAAGUUGAAUUUGGGCAAAACACAGUCUUCAUGUCUCUUGAGUCUCUGAUUCAUUUGAGUUUGUCUAAAAUUUCAUUGCAUUUGAUUCUGUUACUUUUUAGCCUUUUCAACGCAGAUCUUAUUAGUUCCUCCACCUGGGUCAAAUCCUUCCAUUCCUCAUUUGACAGCAGUUUCUGGGCUACAUCAGUAGGUCACUUGUGCUAAGCUAAAGACAACUGCUUUCCCUAGGAGUACCAAUAUUGGGCACACAUUUCUUCGUCUGUAAAUUAAGAUUCUUCAUAAUAUUUUGCAUUGAUUGCUGUUUCAAUGUAAUAUUUCUCAAUGUUAAUUGCAGAUAUUGUUUAAUCGAAUUGAGCAAUUCCAUUUUAAAUAACUUGGAUAAUGAUAAUAAUUCUCAACAAACUGAGCCAUCCUUUUUGUCCUCAUGGAAAUAAUCAUGGAAAAUAUUGGUCUCUUUAGAAAGCUAUUUACUAGGAACAACUUAUUUUGCACCGUUCUUGAGAGAAUGUUCAAGGCAAUUAGUAUUGACAUUUAGUGAUAUUUUCUUGCUUAUAUUAAUUUUUAUGUUAUUUUUUAAUUAUGAUUCUGGAAAUAUAAAUGCAUGUUCUCUAAAGAAAAGGUGUGCAUCUUUUCCUAGCUGAUUGUCAGCUGUGCGUAUAGAGGCAAAUUGUGAUACCAGUCUUUACCAUUUUUAUUAAUGUGCUUAAUGUUUUCUUCUCUCAUAAACUCUGUCCUUUCACAAGAAGAUUUCUUGACCCUUCAAUAUGCCUUUAUGUAGUGACGUCUUCUCCUUCCAUCUGGCAAAGAACUUGAGUCAAACUGUGUGGCAAGGAGUAGCCUGGGCAAGGGAGAGAAACCCAAAAGCAAUUCUGGCCAUAUACCAAAUGGGCCCAUGGUCAUUUGUAGUUUUAAGUGCCUCAGGGAAGGAAGAGAAACGGAAAGUUAUUCCAGUGGUUUCUUAAAUGUUCCCACAAUCACUUCUAGGUUUAAGCUAUGCAUUUCUCCUUGUCUUUAAACCCAUGUUGAUUAUUGUCAGAUGGAGGUGCAGUUCGGCCAUAUUGCUUUGAGAAUGGAUACUCUGGGGCUUAAAAUGGGUUCUCUUCCUGUGUCUUGGUUCCUCCAUCAUAUUUCACCUACUCAGGUUAUUCACUUUCAUGUCUUUACUAAGGGGUCCCUUGCAUGGACCAGUACAUUUUUUAAAAAAUCAUCUUUAUAAUAUGAGAUACUGGCUCACCCAUGCAGCCUUUGAAAAUGAGAAAAGAAAGGGAUGGAAAGAGAGAGCAGGGGUCUAGAUUGGUGUCCCUGUGAUCAUUUAUAAACAGUUCCUUGUGAUAGGUUUGUGACGGUUGUUUUAUAUUUCUUGUUGUUUUAUGAGCCUUCUAUCUUCUUUUUAUUAUUCUGAUUUUUUUUUUUUCUGAAAUCCAAUGGCCCUGUGAGAAAGAACUCCACCUUGAUAGCGAAUCUCUUAUUUUUAUUACAUAUAAUGGCUAUGGCCAACCUGCCUGCAUUUUCAUGAUAUAUAUCAUCAAGUCACCAUGUAUUCUUGUGAGACGCCUGUGAUGCAUGAGUGCUCUUUCUUUUCUUUGCUCAAGCUUUUCUUCCUAUUAACUUUUUUCUCGUGUUGCUGUGGUUCUUCCUUGCAUGAACUUUAAUCAGAAAAGAAUCUUGAAAGGUUUUGUACAUUUCUGGCUCAGCCAAUAAUUUUUGGUUGUGACAACAUCUUCAAAGGAUAUUUUAGCAAUAAUGGCGGAUCGCUUUCCUUAUAUAGUUGGUCUCUAGAAUGGGUAUCUGUUUAUCACAGAAUAUAUUCAGGUUGAAGGAUGCAAGUCUUGAACUGUGAUCAUUAAACAUGCGUCUGUCUUAUAAAAGCAUAGAUAAUGGAGGUUUAAACUUUGGUGAUGGCAUCUUGUGUGAUACAUGAGCAAACAUGGGCUAGCCAUUGAUGAAUCCUGUGUGAACUGAUGGCAGGAUCAUGCUUCAAUUCUGUUUCAGUUGUGCAAAAAAUCUUAGUUAUGAUGAAGAGUAUUUUUUUCUUCAUAACCCCUCUUUUUCCUCAAUGGAUUUAUCUUAGUUUUGAUUACUUAUGAUAUUUUCCCUCUUGAAUUGAUUUACGGGUUCUAAACAGACGGUUGAUCAAAGCUUUAUGGAUCACCUUCUCAAUAUAGCUUAUGUUGUGUAAUCGGGGGACAUGAGUUAAGAAAAAUGUCUUUGUUGGUGCUCAGUGCUUGUUCUUUGAACAGGUGCAACUGCCCCUAUUAUGGUGACUGACGGUUGUUUCUUCUCUCCACUUCAAAAGAUAACCUUGUUUGCGGCUGAUCCAGCUCUGAACUCAUUCUCUGAAUAAUCGGCCAUCUAACACAACGUUUCGGUGCAGUGAGGAUAAUGUACGACAAGAAUUCUGGCAGGUCAAGAGGCUUUGGAUUUGUGCAUUUCUCAAAUCAUGAUCAAGCCAGGUGUGCCAAAGAUGCCAUGGAUGGGAAGGUAAUGCCAUCUCUAAAUAUCCAUUUGACAUGUAUUGGCCUAAUGAGGAAAGAUGCAAAUGCCCUCCCUACUAUAGCAGGCAUUCCUCGGUCGGCCGUUGAGGAUAAACUUCGCUUUUGAUAAAGUUCGUGGUGAACCCAUUGUGGUGCCAAGAAUCUCUAUGGCGGGGGACGUCAGUGGGUAA